UCUCUCAUUCUUCUCUAUAUAAUAUUACAACUUUUCUCCCUUUUUCUUUGUUUACUUCAUUUAUAACUAUUUACACAUCUCCACCGCCUCUCUCUCUAGAUUCUCUCACUUCACCGCAAAGCAUCUCAGAAACAUUACUUCCCUCAGACUUCAUCCUUCUUUGACGUAACUCACAAAAGGGUUUUAUAAUUUUCAAUUUUUCUCACUCUUUCUUGGUCUUUUAUGCAAGUUGUAGUCGUAAAAAUUGAAUCUUUACACAAGAUCAUUACAAGAGAGCGUUCAAACUUGCUGUUUUUGAGUAGUUGGAAAUUCUUAUUAUAAAAUACUUUUAUUCAAUUUAUGGAGAUGUAGAUGUCCAAUCACACUUCUUGGAUUCUGGUCAAUAGUAAUAUUUCAUUUUCCUCUUUCUCUCUCUCUCAAUCUAUAUCAAAAAAUUCAAUCUUUUUCUUGUCAGAUAUUAGUACAAACCAUAUUUACCAGAAAAAAAUUCAAUCUUUAUAGAAUUUAGAGAGAGAGAGAGAUAGAUGCAAGAAUGGAUGGAUAUGUUCAUCAGCUCCUAACAAACCCUAAUUCAGAUAUGGAAGACUCCCCAAAUGAGAAGGAAUUGGAGGCGGGGGCCACCACGAGCUCCGGCGGCGGCGGGCGGCGGCCGAGGGGGCGGCCGCCGGGGUCGAAGAACAAGCCGAAGCCGCCGAUUGUGGUGACACGUGACAGCCCCAAUGCGCUGCGCUCGCACGUGCUGGAGGUCGCCUCGGGAAACGACGUCGUCGAGAGCGUUUCUGUCUACGCGCGCCGCCGCGGCAGGGGCGUCUGCGUCCUCAGCGGCGGCGGCACGGUGGCGAAUGUCACGCUCCGGCAGCCUGCGGCGGCGGGGGCGGUGGUGACCUUGCACGGGCGAUUUGAGAUUUUGUCCAUUUCCGGCACGGUGCUGCCGCCGCCGGCGCCGCCGGGGGCGGGGGGUUUGUCGAUUUUUCUGUCCGGCGGGCAGGGGCAGGUGGUCGGGGGGAUCGUGGUGGCGCCGCUCGUGGCGUCGGGGCCGGUGGUGCUGAUGGCGGCGUCGUUUGCGAAUGCGGUGUUCGAGCGCCUGCCGCUGGAGGAGGAGGAGGAGGGCGCAGCGGCGGCGCCGAGCGCUUCUCAGUCGUCUGGUGUCACUGCCGGCGGCGGCGGUGGGGAUGGGUCUUUUUUGAAUUCCGGCGGGGGAGGGGGGAAUGCGGCGCAGCAGCAACCGGGGAAUUAUCCGUUUUCGGCGGAUCUUUUCGGGUGGGGCGGGGGAGGCGGUGGCGGUGGUUUUGAUGGUUGAUUUCAUGUGGGGAAAUGGGAUGGAGAAGAGGUGUUUUUUGAUGGAAAGGAAGAGGAGGAUGAAUGUGGAGGUGAGUGUAGGUUGGACUUUGUUUGGACAUAUUUUGGUGAUGCUUCUGACUAAUGUUUUGAUUUACAUCAGUUGCAAAAGGGCACAUUUUGUUUACUAGGAUUCUAAUUUGGCUUUGGCAGUAGCAUAUUUGAUGUACUCCUAUCAGAUAUUACUAAUACUCUACUUUGCAUGUCUAUUGAGUUUCCAUUUCUUUUCUUGUCA